AUGGAUAGGGAAGGCAACUCCGAUCCGAUCCCGAUUGACAUCAUUCUCGAGAUACUCUCGAGAUUGUCUACUAAGUCAAUCGCUAAGUUUGGUCUCGCUUCCAAGUUCUGUGCGUCCAUACUUAGCCGUCCAGAUUUCAGAGAGUUGUUCUUGACUACUAGGUCCUCGAGUCGUCCACGUCUCUUAUUCGCCGUAAAUUAUUCCGAUAAGUGGCGCUUAUACUCGUCGCAUCAGCCUCAGAAUCCAGAUGAGAAUCAUUCUCUUAUCGUAGCCGCUGAUUUUCAUAUGGAGGUCGUUGAAUACAUGGCCCCCCAUAAUAAUUAUGGCCCUGUCUCUGGCUUGCUAUAUUUCCCUAGUAUGCAUUUCCAAGAUAGAGAUAAUGUGCCGGUUAUAUGUAACCCUAGCACGGGACAGUACGCGAGAUUACCUCAGCUGAGAGGUGAGAGCACUUGGAGAAGCCUUUUAGGGUAUGAUCCGAUUGGCAAACAAUACAAGGUACUGGCCAUAAGCAAUUCAAGUGAUGGGGAAGGAAAUAUUCUGACAUUAGGAACUGGAAAAAUGUCAUGGAGUAUGAUCCAAGGUCGAUUAAACCAUUAUCGUCCUAGAAGUGGAGGGAUAUGCAUCAAUGGGGUUUUGUAUUACAUAACUUUUGGUAACGUUGCGAAAAUAGUUUGCUUUGAUGUUAGGUAUGAAAAGCUUAGCUUUCUUGACGCAGAUUCUACUACAAGGAUCAUAUCUAAGACUACUAAACUGAUUCAUUACAAGGGUAGAUUAGGCAUGAUUAGUUUGUACUGCUACAGGCGACCUGUAAAUUUUGAGUUGCGUUUGUGGAUUCUUGAGGAUCCCCAGAUUCAGAAAUGGUUGGAACAUCAUUAUACUCUUCCGGUGGAUAUAGUUGGUGAGGACGAAAUUUCGGUUGUUGGAGUGACUGCUAAUGGUGAAAUUGUUCUGUCCAAGGAUUAUAUAUCUAACCCUUUCUUUGUUUUUUACUUCUAUCCGGAAAGAAACGCUCUGGAGAGAGUUGGAAUCCAAGGUUUUGAAGCUUUGGUGGCUAAAAGUCGUAGUAAAGUUUACACCUUUGUAGACUAUAUAGAAGAUUUUAAGUUUAUAUAA